AUGAGUGCGCAACCAGGACAGAGUGAAGCAGAGAAGAACAUUGAGAUAUGGAAAGUCAAGAAACUAAUCAAAAGACUCGAGUCUGCUCGAGGCAACGGCACAUCCAUGAUUUCCUUGAUCAUCCCUCCUAAAGAUCAGAUCUCUCGUCAAUCGAAAAUGUUGGCUGAAGAGUUUGGUACAGCCUCCAAUAUCAAGUCUCGUGUCAACAGACUGUCAGUGCUAUCGGCCAUCACCUCAACACAACAGAGACUUAAGCUCUACAACAAAGUUCCUCCCAAUGGUCUUGUGGUCUACUGUGGUGAAAUUAUCACAUCCGAAGGCAAGGAACGUAAGAUCAAUAUUGACUUUGAGCCCUUCAAGCCGAUCAAUACCUCCCUUUACCUUUGCGACAACAAAUUUCACACAGAAGCUCUUUCAGAGUUGCUCGAAUCAGAUCAGAAAUUCGGCUUCAUCAUUAUGGAUGGUAAUGGUGCACUCUUCGGCACAUUGAGUGGUAACACAAGAGAAGUCGUCCACAAAUUCUCCGUCGAUCUACCAAAGAAGCACGGUCGUGGUGGUCAGUCUGCCCUUCGUUUCGCUCGUCUCAGAGAAGAAAAGCGACAUAACUACGUGCGAAAAGUGGCUGAACUGGCCGUGCAGAACUUCAUCACAAAUGACAAGGUCAAUGUCGCUGGCAUUAUUCUCGCAGGUUCUGCUGAUUUCAAGAACGACCUCAACCAGUCUGAUAUGUUCGACAACCGAUUGCAGGCAAAGGUCAUCAAAGUGGUCGAUGUGUCCUAUGGAGGCGAGAAUGGAUUCAACCAGGCUAUUGAACUCGCCUCCGAAACGCUUAGCAAUGUCAAAUUCAUUCAAGAGAAGAAAUUGAUCAACAAAUAUUUCGAAGAGAUCAGUCAAGACAGUGGAAAGGUUUGCUACAGCGUUGAGGAUACCUUGAAGGCUUUGGAACUUGGAGCCUGCGAAACCCUGAUCGUGUAUGAGAAUUUAGACGUUACCCGAUGGAUACUCAAGGACUCUAACGGAGCCGAGAACAUCCUGCACACUACCAAAGAACAGGAGUCGGACCGUUCCAGGUUCAUGGACAAAGAGACUGGCCAGGAGAUGGAAGUCGUCGAUCAGCAAUCUUUCCUUGAAUGGCUGGCCGAGAAGUACAAGGACUUUGGUGCAGCUCUCGAAUUCGUUUCUGAUCGGUCAAGCGAAGGCAAUCAAUUCGUCAAAGGUUUUGGUGGAAUUGGUGCUAUUCUUCGCUACAAGGUCAACUUCGAACAAUUAGCUGAUAUUGAUGACGAGGACGAGUUCUACGACGAUUGA